CACGUUCUCACAAAGAGAUAUUGAAAAUAUACGUAAUGCCGAUGCUAUACGUUCUGUUGUCCAGUGCCUAUAGAACCUUUUCGUCCCUAAAUUUUGUCACCUGGUGCUGUCGCAACGGCCAUGAAUAUACGUAUGUGGAAUCGUGCUCUUCGCUUAUUAUCUUCUAAAGAGUGUGUUGUUUGCUUGAAUCAGAAAUUUCAAGAAAUUACAUGUGCUUGUGAACGACGCCAUGCUAGUUUUAUUCCAUUCUUAUUCCAACGACAGAUACUUCAACAGAAAUCGCUUGAACCACAACACAGAAGAAAGAGUAUGAAACAGGCAGUAGUAAAACUUCAGGAAAAUGGUGUCGACAGAAGAUUUCUUAAAGUACACCCUUCACCUUCCAUGAUGAAUUCCCAGUCUGUUGUUUUACCGGGUCCUGAAAAGAUACGAGCUUCUGUUCUCCUAGAUAAUCCUGAAGAGCUACUUGAAUACCUGGGUAAUGGAACUCAAACUGUUUGUGAUGCUGUAAAGAAAGGAUUUCAUAAAUCUCCAAAAGGUGAAUGUCUUGGGACAAGAUCUCCUCCAAGAACAGGCCCUUAUAAAUGGAUUCCAUAUGAGGAAGUAAUGAGAAGAAAAGAUUAUGUUGGAUCUGGCUUGCUAUCUUUGGGUCUUUCAGCAUCUCAAAAAACCAUAGUUGGAAUAUGCACUAAAAAUAGAUCAGAAUUUGUUUUAACUUUGUUGGGAUCCUGCCAUUAUUCAAUGAUUCUUGUGCCGAUGUAUGAAUGUUUUGGACCUGAUGCAUUGUCACACAUUGUAUCUCAAGUGGACAUGGAAGUAAUCAUCAGCGAAUCGCUCACGACUGUUGCACAUAUCAUUGAAAAUUCAGAUAACUAUCCAAAUUUGAAAUAUGUCAUAAUAAUUGAAGCUAAUGAAGAAGAAAUGGUUAAGCAUAAGUCAUCUAGGCUCAAAAUUAUGUCUUUCAAAGAGCUUGAAGAACUUGGAAAAUCUAAUGUACAGGAACAUAAGUUGCCCUCUCCUGAUGAUAUUUUUUGUAUUUGUUAUACAAGUGGAACAACAGGUCAACCUAAAGGUGUAAUAAUCUCACACAGGAAUAUUGUAUCAUGCCUUGCAUCAUUAGAAGCCGUUUUUGGGGUAGCUAUUCCGAAAACUGGAACUUUGGUCUCAUAUCUCCCUUGUGCUCAUAUUUAUGAAAUGAUUUGCGAAAUCUUCUGCCUUUAUAAUAGUGGAAGAAUUGGCUUCUAUAGUGGUCACACAGCUUCUUUGCUGGACGACUUGGCAGAAUUAAAGCCAACAGUUUUACCUUUAGUGCCAAAGCUGAUGAAUGUCAUAUAUUCAGCGGUAAAGAAAGAGAUUGGACCUUCAAUUUUCAAGAGAUAUUUGCUUCGCUUAGCUCUUCACCAAAAAGAAAAAAGCUUAAGAAGAGGUAUUGUGUCAAAAAAUACUUUAUGGGAUAAACUCGUCUUUUCAAAUGUGCAGAAGCUUUUAGGAGGUUCUGCUCAUUUUAUAUUUACUGCAUCAGCACCUGUAUCCAGACAAGUUAUGCAAUUUUUUCGAUGUGCUAGUGGUUGUCUGGUCUUUGAAGCUUAUGGGCUUUCUGAAGUAGGUGCAGCAGCUAUGACAUUGAUGUCAGAAUAUGACAGUGGCUUUGUAGGUCCUCCACUUCCAGCAAACCAUAUAAAAUUGGUCAGUGUUCCUGAGAUGUUUUAUGAUGCUGAUAAUAAUGUUGGAGAAAUAUGUAUUCGGGGUCCAAAUGUGUUUCUUGGCUAUUAUAAAAAUCCUGAAGCUACUAAAGAAGCUUUUGAUAAAGAUGGAUGGCACCAUACAGGAGAUAUUGGCCAGUGGCUGCCUAAUGGCACACUAGCAAUUAUUGAUAGGAAAAAGCAUAUUUUCAAGCUGGCCCAGGGUGAAUACAUUGCACCUGAUAAAUCAGAAAACGUCUAUGUUCAAAGUCACAUAAUAUCACAAGUCUUCGUCGAUGGAUUUUCUGAUCAGGAAUUUGCAGUAGCAGUUGUUAUUCCUGACCCCAAACCAUUUUUAAUUUGGACAAAAGAAAAUGAUUUUACAGAAUCCAAUCUUGAAGUUUUAUGUCAAGAUCCAGCAGUUAGAAAGGCUCUAUUAAGUCAUAUGUUGAAAUUUGGGAAAAAGAAGAAUUUGAAUUCACUGCAUCAGGUUGGAAAUGUAUACCUAAGUCUUGAACCUUUUAGUCAAGAAAAUGGCUUAUUAACUCCUACUAUGAAGCUUAAAAGAUCAGUGGCAAGAAAAAAAUAUGAAAAGAUUUUUGAACAAAUGUAUGAAGAAGGAAACUUCAAGAAGAAUAUCAAUUUAUAGCACAGAGUAGGAGAAAUGAUCUGUGUGUGCCAAGAAUUACUCUGUUUCGAAGCAUUAAUAAUUAAUUUUAUAACUAGUUUUUAAAGAUAUGUAUAAAAAGCAUGCUAAGAUAAGAGGGAAAAAUUGUUACAGAGAACUUUUUAUGAUCUGACUUGUAAUUAAAUUACAGUGUGAGAUUUUUUAUGAAGUUUGCUAUUUUUCUAUUCAGAGCAAUUUUAAAAACAAGCUGAAUGUUUCUGGAUAUAAACUUUUAAAUAGCAAUGUAUUUUAUCAGUAUUCUUUCUUAUUCUUGGAGGUAUUUCUGAUUAUUAAAAGUUAUGUAUUUUUUUAACAUAUUUUUUAGAAAUAAAGUAAUUUACACCAAUUUUUUUCAAAUUC